AUGUUAGGAUGUGCGCUCGAGGAACUUAUUUUAUUCCGGUGGGAAGUUCCGGGGUAUUUGGUCAGCGACAGUGGUAAGAACUAUUGCGGGGCGGACUUCAUGACCGUACUCAAAGAGUAUGGGAUUGAACACGUGCCCUGCCCACCCUACCAUCAACAGGCAGACUUUUGUGAACGUGCGAUCAAGACGUUGAAGACCAUGAUCUCCAUUUUUGUAGAUCAUGAUCAUCGCGACUGGGAUAAGCACCUGCACGAGUUUCGGCAUGCUAUAAAUACGGCGGUACAGGCGAGUACAAAGGUGUCACCGGCGUUCCUCAAUUUUGGUCGGGAACCGCGUCAAGCGAAGAGCCUGCGUAGGGAAGUAGAGGUGCGGGGCCCUUUUGUUCGGUUGUCUCCUGAGGAGUGGGCGGACCGGCUGAAGCGCCUCAAUGCUCUGAGGAGCCUGGUGGUCAGGCAUAUUGAGCAGGCACAGGACAGGCAGAAGCGCCACUAUGAUCGUGGCCGCCGGUUCGUCCAGUUCCAAGAGGGAGAUUUGGUCUUGCGACGCUCCCACACUCUGUCCAACGCAGCGCUAGGUAGGAACGCCAAACUUGACCCUUUGUAUAUCGGUCCGUAUAAGGUGCUGGAGGUGCUGUCCCCAGAAUUGUAUAUUCUGACGACGGAUAGCAAGAAGCAGGUGGACCGCGUACACGUGAAGGAGUUAAAGCGAUAUGUCCCUCCGCGUUCGAACCGAGCGACAGCGUGUGUGUAG